UGUUCAAUAACUGCUGUCUGUCUUGAUACAGACUGCAGGGAAAACUUCUGUUUUAUCGUGCCGACUCUUUUUCGACGGAAGUAACAGGCGGGGCUAGAAAAAAAAUUGCUUCUGUUUAGCAUAGUUUAUCCGGGACUUAGGAGGCUAGCUUGGUGUGUUUUAAAAGCGCUUGCAGACUAAAUUCUGUGUUAAAGGUGCGUCUUCUCUGCUGAUUUUAUCAUCGAGUUAAAAUUGUCUAGAGUAAAAAUUAAAACGACAGAUAUUACAGUUUGAUUAUUGUUCUAACAACUCGCGACUCGUGCAUAAUGGCUUACAGAAAAGAAAACGAAGAACUGCUUGCUAAACUUACACCUGGAGAUAUUGUUAAAUUUAAACGUUCCUCCUUAUGGUCGGAUUUUGCUAUAUACGUAGGUAACGGAAAAGUCGUACACCUGAAGGGUAGUUCUAAUAGCGAGGAACCGGAAUACCCAAUCAAUGUACUUUAUGCUGUUCCACCAUUUCAUAAUACACUCUGCUUAAUUCGUUUGAAGUACCGUAAAAAGUUGGAACGAGAGACAUUACCUUCCCAAGGUUUUUAUGACCAUACCAAGUAUUACAGGCCUGAAGUAAUUAUGGAGAUGCCAUCAACUGGCAUGCCAGGUGGAUAUCGCCCGGAUAGCAGGAACUGAACUGUUUCGCGGAUGCAGCUUUUACAGUACAUUAUGUUGUCAAGCCGGCCGAUAGUAAUCAAUCGCCA